UUUACGUCCCUGUGGCUUCUCUUUGUUCUGGACGUUCGGAGUGUUCAAAAAGAAGCAUAAUGUGUGCGGUGCAGCUGCUGCGGGUGUCGGUUCAGGAGCAAGUCUGCGCCGCCGCUGAGGACGUUCUGCUGCAGCUGGAAAAAACAGAAAAGCCGGCCACACUGCGGACACUGAGAGCUCUGCUCACGGAGCGGCUAACUGUGGCUGUGGAGGAGAUCGUUGGUCUCUUUGAGAAAACCGUAAUGGAGUACGAGGACAGAGUGCAGCGGUCAGAGCAGGAGAUCUACCGACAAAGGAAGCUGCUCGAUACCGUCCUGAAGCCUGAAGUCAGGCUGUACAGAACAGAUCACUCCACAUUAACUACACCCACAGGAUCUGCAGCUGGAGCCAGUCGCGUGCAUUCGCCAGCUAACACUUCCGCUCAGCUUCAAAAUAGAAGCCCUGCCAGCCCAAGUGAAGAAGCGAUGGAAUUUGAACAGGAAGCUGCCGACAGCGAGUCUCUGCAGUCAGUGACCGUGUGUGGGAACAACGCAGACUGUCAGCCUGUACUUGACCCAGCUGAUCUGAACAAGUUUGACUCUGACAACAUCAGUGAUUCUGCCAGCCGGUCAACAUCCCCCUCCCCUUCACUCUCCUACCACCCUCCUGAGAGCACUGAUGAAGAUCCAGACAAUGACUGGACAUUGAGGAAUCGGCCCCUUAGAUCUGUAAGGAAAAAGAAGAGAGGCCGACCUCCUCUUGCAAAACCCGCCGUGAAGAAAAAACGGAAGCGCUCAAGUCCAGCUCAGACUUUCAACUGCUAUGUGUGUGAACGUCCUCUGCAAGGAAAAGGCUUCCUGCUCAAACAUGUCCUAACUGUUUGCGCAAGCAACCAGGACAACCGAUGCGGCUUCUGUGGUGAGCUUUUAAACUCAGCUAACAGCCUAAAUGAUCACCUGCAGGUUCACCAGAAAACCAGCAAAACAUGCUCCUUUUGUGGGAAAACCUUCACCUCCAUCCUGGCGCAGGAACUGCACGUCCGCCUGCACACUGGAGAGAAGCCGUACAACUGCCACGUCUGUGGCAAAAUGUUCAGCCAAAAGGGUAACCUGACCUCUCACCUGCACGUCCACGCUGCAGAAAAACCUUUCAAAUGUAAAGAAUGCAGCCGUGCCUUCUGUCACAUGACUUCAUUAGAGCGCCACAUGAGGGAGCACACUGGAAAUGUGGUGCACACCUGCAGCAUCUGCGGUCAGGAGUUCAGUGAACGUCAGAGCUUUCGGCAACACAUGGCGAGCCAUCAGAAGGAUGGCACUUAUAAACGGAAGAAGUGCCGCAGCACAACGCCAUCCUGUAGCUGCAAAGUAUGUGGGGAUGCUUUUGAACGGAAGAUGCACUUGGUGAAACAUGCAAAGACUCACCUGCUGGAUCCAGACUGCUGUUGUGGAGUUUGUGGCUACCAGUACGAGUCUGUUGAAAGUCUCGCUGCCCACUUGCACACUCACCUUGACGCUGGUAGCACUUGUGACACCUGUGGGAAAUGCUUCCCAGGUCAAUCAGCACUACUGAUGCACCUGAGGAUCCACACAGGAGAAAAACCUUUCACCUGUAGUUUCUGCGGGAAGGCCUUCAAUCAGAGCGGCAACCUGAAGACACACUUGAAGAUUCACACGGGUGAGCGGGCGUUCACUUGCUGCAUCUGUGGCAAGGGGUUUACUCAGAAACAAACUCUGGACACUCAUGUCCGCUUCCACAACAAAGAGAGGCGUUUCCUGUGUCAGGUCUGUGGGAAGGGCUUUAUGCAGGAUGUGGACCUGAAGAGACAUAUUCUGAUCCACACUGGAGAAAAGCCGUACAUCUGCAAGGUCUGUGGAAAGAGCUUCCAGGCCAAACGGUCACUUAAUGGGCACCUCAAAGUGCACACAGUUGGGGAGGACGAUGUCAGACCAGAGCUGGACAACAGCACAGAGCCACAAAGGAUGGACAGCUUCUCGGGAUACUUUCAACUGUAGACUAGAACUAUAGAUGGCUUAUCUUGUUGAAUACCUUUGUUGGUCUGGGGAUUUAAACCAUAGUCAGUUUACUCCAGUUUUCAGAUCCAUACAUUUUCACUGACAGCUACAGUGAUAUCACACUUCAAGCUGAAAUGUGUUUACAAUAAUGAGAACUAUAAGGCAACAGGAAGUCUUUCUAACAGCUACAAAGAUCAGUUUUCUCGCUGAUGAGCAUUUUCAUAGGUUUUUUUUUAAUUAUUAUUAUUAUUACGAAGUUUCUCUUUUCCAUAAUAAGCUAAGACCGUUGAGUCAUUUAAAGUUCUGGACUUUCAUCAGUAUUUAUAUCAUAUAUAUUUCCCAAACUGUGUCAAAACCUGAACUUUUAAUUGAUUAAGUUAAACCUGUUAUUCAGAACCAAUGUCACAUAUCUGCUGUCUAAAAGUAUUGAUAACUAUCCUGUUACUGUGCUACAGUCUUAAGUGAAUUUUUGUUUUCUUA